GCAGCUCAGUCUACCACGUGACAAACGUCAGCUGAUCAGCAGGCGGAACCGAAUGAAAACAUGAUGGUGGUUGCGCUGAACAGGCUGCCUGUCACUGACUGUCUUACACUUUGUCACAGGGUGGUGGAUGGACUGUGUGGGCGGGAGCCUCCUCGCAAGGGGGAUUACAGCGCCACCUGGAGCCUGGAGGAGUGGCUGCAGCUGCUCCACUCCCUGACAGCCCUCUUCCGCCUGGCAGUGGGGAACAACAGCUCCGAUGAAGAGGUGCUGGCCGGGCUGGCAGAUGUGGGCCGCAGCCAUGCCGAGGCGGUGCUGAGUGUGCUGAGAGCCAGACGGGAGGAGAUCCGCGACGCUCUGCUGGACAGAACCAACUCAAUCUCCUCUGCCACGCUGCAGGACUUUGACUGGCAACUUAAGUUGGCUCUGUCCAGCGAUAAGAUCUCGUCUCUCCACACUCCUCUGCUCAGCCUCAGUCUGGACGUGAGGGAGAACAGAGCCCUCCGCUCUGUCACCAUGGAGAUGAACAGAGAGGAGUUAAACACACUCAUUAGUUCACUAGAGGCUGCUAAUAAGGUGGUGCUGCAGUUGAAAUGAUAGAAAGACCGCUGACCCCCCCCCCCCCACCCCCACCCCCAC